AUGGGUGCCUGGCCGACCAGCCUGAGCUCGCGCGGCGAAGGGCCAGCCCCGGCGCAGCAGAAGAUAAACGGGAUGAGGCUUCGGACGUCUUGCGAUGCCUGCCAAAACCACAAGGUCAAGUGCAGUCAGCACAAACCCUCGUGUCGCCGGUGCUCCAAGAGCGGCCUUGACUGCGUAUAUUCUCCUUUCCGACGGAUGGGAAGACCAAAGAGGCCAUCUGUUGCUUCCUCAUCGCCCCCUAUCGCUGCCACCACUCAACAGUCGCGACCACGGUCACAUGACAACCAGCGCCGGCAACAUGCCACCGCUCGUCGGAGUCCCGCCUCUUUGACGCAAUCGCAGUCUGCAAGCCACCUGCAGGAUAGUAUGGAGCAUUUGUCUGGGGAUGGGUCUGCCUCUGGACCCGAGAGUGGAGAACUGGCUGGUGUCAAUGGAAUGCAUGAGGGAUCGAUGGUAUUGGGGGCGAAAGAUGACUUUGCGACUGGCCCUUACUCCGGCGCGAUCCUUGAGGACAGAUCCGAAACGACCUCGUUUGUCAACGAUGGAUUAUCCGCUCUCUCGACUGGUCUAGAUGGCCGACCGGCCCUCAUACGGCAACGGCCAGCGCUGCUGACCUCUCCCCUGGCCGCCCUAGUCGGUCUCGAUUCACAAGUCGGCGGAAACGAGCACAUAGCUGCAGAACAGGACCCCCAAGUAACAAGAGAAGCCGGUCACUGCUAUCUUGCUAUUCUACAGCGACUUGCACAACUCGAGAAGACUAUGGACGCGGGUCCACAACCACCCCGCCUAGAUGUGGUGCUGUCGGCAGAACGUGACACGCGAGCCCUCAAGGAGCGCCUUUUCGCCUGUCAAGGCCACGUGCAUCAAGGACCCGAUAUUUUGAGAAGCUCGAUCACUCCGCCGGAAAGUGGUUCGCAAAGCUGUAUUGACGCACACGACUCGAGCUUACUUGUCCUCGGAUUGCUGGCCGACCGCGUGACAAGCUUGCUCGAAGACCUCUUCCGUCGCGCAGCAGUCAGUUCGCACUCCAUGGACCAGGCAACACGAGGCACGACCGCGUCCUGGCUUCUUGGGUCACAGCCUGAGUUCGUAAGCCAGGCGAACGAAAGACAAUACGAACGCUCGGUGCGCAGCUCGUUCCCUCGCACCAUACAAUGCCCAGUGCCCGAGGCAAACUGCGAAUUGACCAUUGGCAGCUACGAGGUUGAUGACGAGGUCAAGAGCCGCGUAAUGAAACUCAUCCUUAAAAAGCGCGUGACGGCUCUUGAGAGGAUGCUGGAGGACUUGAAAGACUACCUGAUGGAAGUCGAGGGCAAAGCCAAUCGUCCAGUUCAUGAGGGAAACGGCCAGACAGAGGAAAAGCAAGGGAGUAUCCUACUUGGCAGCGUGCGGCAAGGCCGGAGCGUCAACCAAAGAGCAGCUGCAUCCAUGGCAGAGGAUUUGCACAGGAGGGCAGAGUUGCUACAGGGCAGACUGGAAUUGGCAGGGUACUGA